GAACAACAACACUGGUCCGCACCAACACCAGUCCUUGAAUCGUUGCUGUGCAUCUCCAACAUGGUGAAGUGAGCCUGCACACGCGUCUCGGCGCCGCCGAGCUCGCGUCUUUGUCCUCGAAUGAUCGAUUCUACCUACCCUUCGACCAGCUGGCGCUGUUCAACUCCCAGAACCUGCAGCAGCAAGCGAUUGCCGGCUGCCUCGCAGCAUUUGGGAGUGACUGUGGAUGGUACAGACCAGGAAUGAAGCAUUGCGCAAGCUUUGUCGACCUCGUGACUGAGACCACGAAACUCCUUUCGACCUCGCACAUACCGCAUUCGCACAUCCCUUUUGUUAUCACCCUUUCACCAUACCCAAACAAUCGGAGCCACUUCCGCCGACGUGGCUAUCGACGCAAUGUCAGAUAAGUUUCGAACCUACCUCGAGACUCGCAGCGAGGGCAUAUCAGGAAGGCGCCCUGUGCCAAAUGCAGCACCUGGCAUGGCUGUCACCAGUUCGGCUGUAGCGAGGGCAUGGCCAGUCAAAUCAUGAGCACGCUGCAGCAAACAAGAUCUCCGGCUGUAGCGGAGCCCGAGAAGAAGCAGCGCAAGAGGGCGAAAUCUGACCUUGUGGCCGGACAACGAUACCAAGAGCCACGUCAAUCUGGAGUCGUCAUCGCCGUAACUCCAAUUGCCACUCCACGACUGUGCCAUCCGAAGGCUUUUGGACCAUUUCGCUGAGCAAGGUCGCCAAGAGCAGCUUGAAGCAGAUUUCAUUGCGUUCAUCAACGCAGCGUC